CCCACAAAUUUCAACCCACUCGAUAUCUUCUUCCUCCUCAACUUGUUCACUGCAGGCUCUUCUUCCGGCGGACGCACAGCACACCGGCCGUGCAUGCACGCAUGAAGGCCGGCGUGUGAUCGCAGAUCGGGAGCCAGCUGCAUGCAUGCGCUCGCCGUGAGGUUAUCAAAGCUACGUCGUCGCGAUCAUGGAAAAACAGGGAAGCAGCCACCAGCUGGACACCUUCGCUCAACUGGACGGCGGGGCGGCGCCGGAGGAGCCGAUCGGUGGCGGCGCGGCAGCCGAGAUGGCGGACUACAUGCUGGGCCAGACGACGCCGCUGCCUCCGGGAGGGCCGCACGGCCAGGUGUCCUUGGACAAGCUCAGCUUCUCCGACGUGCUACAGUUCGCCGACUUCGGCCCCAGGCUCGCGCUCAACCAGCCGUCCGCCGACCACGACGACGCCCGUGACGACGACGAGGAGGACAGCUACUUCUUCAGGUUCCAGUCCCAGCUCUCCGGCUCGGACGACCCUGAUCCCCGCGGAGGCGCAGGUAUCCUCCACGCGGCGGAGCACGAGGGCAGCAAGACGGCGGACGGAUCAGGAGGCCCGCACGAUCACGGCUGCGGCGUCUCCGAGAGCACCACGCUGGUGCAGCAGUCCGACGGUGGCGGCAGGGUAGGCCAGAAGGCUGGCGGGGAGCAGGCGAAGAGCGGGCGGCGGAAGCGGCCCAGGUCGACGAAGACCAGCGAGGAGGUGGAGAGCCAGCGGAUGACGCACAUCGCCGUCGAGCGCAACCGGCGGCGACAGAUGAACGAUUACCUCAGGGUCCUCAGGUCCCUCAUGCCAGGAUCCUACGUCCAAAGGGGAGAUCAAGCAUCCAUCAUAGGCGGAGCCAUAGAGUUCAUACGUGAGCUAGAGCAGCUAAUCCAGUGCCUCGAGUCACAGAAGCGGCGGCGCCUGUACGGCGACACGCCACGGCCGGUCGCUGACGCGUCCGCCCCGGUGGUGCCGGCGACAUCCAUCCACGAGCCGCCGCCGCAAGGGCACGAGGCUGCGCCGUUCUACGUCUCCCCGAGCCUCUCGUUCCCCGGGGCGGGGAACGGUGACGGUGCCGCCGGAGCCAAGGUGAUGAUCGACCUCGACGCGUGCGGCGGCGGGCUCCGGGAGGAGGUGGCCGAGAACAAGUCGAGCCUGGCGGACAUCGAGGUGCGCGUGCUGGGCGAGGACGCGGUGAUCAAGGUCCUGUCUCGCCGCCGGCCGGAGCAGCUGAUCAAGACCAUCGCCGUGCUGGAGGAGAUGCACAUGUCCAUCCUCCACACCAACAUCACCACCAUCGAGCAGACCGUCCUCUACUCCUUCAACGUCAAGAUCACGAGCGAGCCAAGAUUCACGGCCGAGGAGAUCGUUGGCGCCGUCCACCAGAUCCUCAGCUUCAUCGACGUCAACUACACGUUAUGACCGACCCAUCCCUUUACUCAGGAUUGAGCUUCUGUUGUCGAUCUCGACUCGAUUAAUUUCAAAUUCUAUACGUACAUUGUGCGCUUAAUUAUAUUUUUUCCUCCCUCGAGUACUUGUGCUUAAUUGUAUCUGUAUGACGAUAUACACUGUUCCUUCACUCUCGUAUGCAUGUAAACUGAUUAGAUGUACAAUGAGUGACUCCAUAUAUACUCUAUAAUGGGGUUGUCUAUAUGUAAGUUAUCUGAAUUUUCAAAUAUUUCAUUUAAUUUUUUUA